UGUUUCUGUUUAUGGUUCUUUUUCUUGCUUUUUUUUUCAUCUUCUUUGGUUUUCUUCCUCGUACUUUCUCUUCUCUUUAUCUCUUUGCAUUUUUGCUGCUUCGAGUUGAGUGUGUUGCCCUGUGCUUUUUGUGGACCGAAUUGUCCCUUCUCAGAGGUGAAGAAAAUGAUUCUCACUAAGCAGUAUCGAUGUGUACAUUCAGCUAGCUGUCAAUGCACCAAGGGACAUUUAAGUGAAGAUGUGAUAUUCUUGGUGUUUCAGCGUUUGAAUUGGAACCCCAAUCUAAUUGCUACACUGUCGUGUGCAUGCAAAUGGUUUGAUGAUAUUGCAAAGAGGGUUUUAUGGAAAGAGUUUUGCAGAACAAGAGCUCCUAAGAUGAUGCUUGAUCUGCAAUCCAGUGGAAGUCACAGUGCAGAUGGGAACUGGAGGGCUCUGGGGAAGCUUCUCAUAUUCUGUUCUGGUUGCACACAAGGUGGUUUGUUCGAUAAUGUUGAGGUUCCUGGUCAUUUUGUUAACAAGACUCGGUUUUCUAAAACACUAGGAAAGAGCUUUCUCAUGCCACAGUGUCUGAAUGAUGUUUUGUAUGUGUCUGAGCCUUGUGAGCAUAUUGACCAAGGUGAAGCUGGUGAUUUAGGAUUCUUCAGAGGAAUUUUCAAGUCGUUUGCAUCAUCAAACGUUAAGAAGAUGAUAAUUAACAGAGGUGCACAGCUCCAUCCAACCGAGAUUUGCCCCUAUUGUAAGGCUAAGUUGUGGAGUAUGCUACAGGCCAAUAUGAUUCCACAAACUGCUAAGUGCAGGUUGGGUUCCCAUAAAGAUUAUAUUGAGUAUUAUGUCUGCCUAAAUGGUCACUUGCUUGGGGUCUGCACAUUGUUACCACUGUCUGAUUCAGAGGAUGUAUCUGAAAAUGAGUAAGAUAUUAAUGAUUCUCAGGUGUUUCAGUUUAUUAUUGGUUAAAAGUUUGUAGAAAUGGAUACUAUUCUCUCAUCAGAAUUGAAGUUUCAUCUGGGUAAUAUCCAUUGACAUUUAUUAGAAUUUUUAUUAUGCAGAUUAUCAAGAUGAAACUCCAAAUCUGAUUAGAGAACACACCAACAACACGAAUGAUGUUAGACCAGUUUGGUUAGACUUUGAAAAUAUUUUUAAGAUAAUCACUUAACAGUUAAUUUUUUUUUUUAAAAAAAAAGGGAAACUGUUUAUUUAUAAGAUAAGCAGAUUAGACAAACACCCAAAAGAAUCUGAAAUAUGUAUAUUCUUUUAAAAAACACUUUUUGAAAAAAAUGAAGACAGACAAACUCAUUCAUUGUAUGCAUUAUCUAAUUUUCAUCUGAAAUUGUGAUGUUUCCU